AUGGCCGAAUCAGCAAGAUCAGCUUUGAUCGAGACCGGCCCAGAUAAACUGCGGGUGCUAGAUGCAAAGCCCACCGACUCAGAGAAUGGACCCAAGCGUGCUGAUGGAAUCUCCGGCUUAUACGAAGGGAAUGUUUUCGAAGCGUCCCCUGAGAACCGCCGCCAGAUCGGCGUUUUCAGCGCCUCUUUGCUGAUUUUCAACCGGGUAAUUGGAACAGGCAUCUUUGCCACCCCAGGAACUAUUCUCUCUCUGUGUGGAAGUGUUGGUCUCUCACUCUUCAUGUGGGUGAUCGGCACUGCUAUUGCUAUGGCGGGCACUGCAGUUUACUUAGAAUGGGGCACCGCAAUCCCAAAGUACGUCGAAGCACCCAAGCUGCCCCCAAAGAAAAACGCGAGACUGAUAUACCCUCCCAGAAACGGCGGUGAGAAGAAUUACCUCGAAUACGUCUAUAAGAAACCCAAGUUCCUAGCAACAGCCAUGUUCGCCGCCUAUGCCUUCUUGUUAGGAUGGGCGGCGAGCAACAGUGUGGUCUUUGGCCAGUAUAUCCUGAACGCAGCAGAUAUCGAAGUCGGACGAUGGAAUCAGCGUGGUAUUGGGCUUGCCUGUCUCACUGUGGCAUUCCUUGUUCACGCUACGGUCCUGAAAUGGGGUCUUCGUCUAUCUAACCUGCUCGGUGUGGUCAAAUUGAUCAUCAUCGUAUUUAUUAUCGUUGCCGGAUGGGUUGCGCUCGCUGGACACACUAAGGCGGAGACGCCGCAUAAUUUUAGGAAUGCAUUUGAAGGUACCAGAGGCAGUGGAUACAGUAUCGUGAUGGCAUUAUACAACGUUAUUUGGUCCUUCAUCGGCUACUCCAACGCCAAUUAUGUCCUCAGCGAGACAAAAAACCCUGUACGGACAUUGAAGAUCGCCGCACCCGUGGCUAUCGGAUCGGUUGGAAUUCUAUAUAUGCUCGUCAACAUCGCCUACUUCGCUGCCGUUUCAAAAGAGGAGAUGCUUGAGUCCGGUACCGUUGUCGCUGCGGCAUUCUUCGGCAACAUGUUUGGGAAACAAGCAGAGAAGGUCAUGUCUGUCUUUGUCGCACUAUCAGCAUUUGGAAAUGUCUUGUCCGUCUUGUUCUCCCAGGGUCGAAUUGUCCAAGAGCUCGGUCGUGAGGGCGUACUCCCCUUUUCAAAGGUUUGGGCAAGCAACUGGCCAUUCCAUUCACCUGCUGCCGGUCUAUUCGAGCAUUAUAUCGUCUCGGUCAUUAUUUUAUUAGCUCCGCCCCCGGGCGAUGCUUACAACUUUCUCCUCAACCUGAUUUCCUAUCCGCUCUCAAUCAUCAAUGUCUUUGUUUCCGGGGGGCUCAUUUAUGUCUAUUUGAAAAAGGACGAGUUCCCCAGCUGGAGCCCUGGCAUCCGAGCGACCCUUCCUGUGACCAUCUUUUUCCUGUUAUCGAAUUUGUACUUGGUGAUCGCACCAUACAUUCCGCCUGAUGCCGGCCAAAAUGUAUAUGAGCAGCUGCCGUACUAUUUACACUGCGUGGUAGCGCUGGGACUGUUUGCCAUGGGGGCUUUAUAUUACCUGGCCUGGGCGGUUUUGCUCCCACGCUUCGGAGGCUACGUGCUGGUCAAGGAGUCCGUGGUGGAUGCGGAUGGCUGGUCCCGCAGUGUUUACACAAAAUUACCACAAGCACCGGCCCGGUUUUCUUAA